CUGUGAUUACCUUUUAGUUAGCAUUCCUUGUUUAACCAAGGCCAGUGUGCGUUCUUAAGAAAUAACCACACACAAACUCUUGGUUAACACAUUUGUCAAGCCACACGCUGUGCUGUGCCAUUACUGCUCUGUAAAUCAGCGUCAUUAAACAACCUCAACUGGAAUCAUACCGAUCUGUCAUCUGUGCCCUUACAAGCACCUGGGAGAGAACACAUAGUGCUAAGUAAAACCUAACCCUACAGAAUAUACAGUCCACCAAGUCCUCAACUACAUUGUGGUUGGUCAACUGCUUUCUCUUUCGAAGCUUAGUCAGCUAUAAUGCCCCCUGCAUACAAUUCACAAUUUCUGUGGAAUGAUUAGCAUCUGUGACGGAUUAUUCUCAGCCCCUCCUAAUUGUCAUGCUGAAGACAGGCUGUCAGAGCUCAAUGAGGCAAGGUGAGGUGGCAAGACUAUGACCAGGACCUAUAUGUUGGUGCUACGGUGGUGCGGCCAUGGCAGGAUCCCUAUGCCCGCAACAAGUUCAACCAGGUGGAGAGUGACAAGCUGAGGAUGGACCGCGGAGUCCCUGACACCAGACACGACCACUGCCGGCAUAAACAGUGGAAGACAGAGCUGCCUGCUUCUAGUGUGAUCAUCACCUUCCACAAUGAGGCCCGCUCAGCUCUGCUCCGCACCGUGGUCAGUGUUCUUAAGAAGAGUCCCCCCCACCUUGUCAAGGAGAUUAUUCUGGUGGAUGAUUACAGUGACAACCCUGAAGAUGGAGCCUUGUUGGGGACAAUUGAGAAGAUCCGGGUUCUUCGAAACGAUCGACGAGAAGGUCUGAUGAGAUCGCGGGUGAGAGGGGCCAACACAGCCACUGCAAGUGUUCUCACCUUCCUGGACAGCCAUUGCGAGUGUAACGAACACUGGCUGGAACCACUCCUGGAGAGGGUGGCAGAGGACAAAACGCGGGUUGUUUCCCCCAUCAUCGACGUCAUCAACAUGGACAACUUCCAGUACGUAGGCGCCUCAGCCGAUCUCAAAGGAGGAUUUGAUUGGAAUCUGGUCUUCAAGUGGGACUAUAUGACCUUGGAGCAGAGGAGGGUGCGUCAAGGAAACCCCACUGCUCCAAUCAAGACUCCCAUGAUCGCCGGCGGCCUCUUUGUCAUGGACAAGGACUACUUUGAGUUGCUGGGGAAGUAUGACAUGAUGAUGGAUGUGUGGGGUGGAGAGAAUCUAGAGAUCUCUUUCCGCGUGUGGCAGUGUGGCGGCAGUCUAGAGAUCAUUCCCUGCAGUCGAGUGGGACACGUCUUCAGGAAGCAGCAUCCAUAUACCUUCCCUGGGGGCAGUGGCACCGUGUUUGCUAGGAACACGAGGCGAGCAGCAGAGGUGUGGAUGGACGAGUUUAAGAACUUCUACUACGCCGCUGUGCCCUCGGCCCGAAACGUGCCUUAUGGCAACAUUCAGAGCAGAAUGGAGAUGAAGAAGAGGCUGGGCUGCCAGCCAUUCAAGUGGUACCUGGAGAACGUGUACCCCGAGCUGCGGGUCCCUGACCAUCAGGACAUUGCCUUCGGAGCUCUGCAGCAGGGAGGGAACUGCUUAGACACGCUGGGACACUUUGCAGACGGAGUUGUGGGGGUCUAUGAAUGCCACAACGCUGGGGGAAAUCAGGUACCAUUCAGGGCUCAGGAAUGGGCGCUGACCAAGGACAAGUCAGUAAAGCACAUGGACCUUUGUCUGACGGUGGUGGACCGCAUCGCAGGCUCACAAAUCAAACUGCAGGGCUGCAGGGAAAACGACAGCAGACAAAAAUGGGAGCAGAUCGAGAGCAACUCCAAGCUGCGGCACAUGGGCAGCAACCUGUGCCUGGACAGCCGCAGUGCACGCACUGGGGGGCUGACAGUGGAGGUGUGCAGCCCAAACCUCAACCAGCAGUGGAAGUUCACCCUCAACCUCCAGCCCUAGAGAGGGAGAGAGACAAACAGAGACGGACAGACAAACGGAGAGAGAGUGUCCCCCACCAGCACCACCUCCUCUCCUCCCCGGAGCCAAACAGACUAGAGCCACCCAGUACCAACACAUACAGACGGACAGACUGAGGCCCCCGGAGGGGCCACAACACAGAGGGAAGAAGGAUAUGAAACUACAGACUACCAAGUGGGAUGAUGAUGAUGAUGAUGAUUUUUAAUGUUGAUGAUGAUUUUAAUCUUGGUGAUGAUGAUAAUGCUUUCCCUCAAACUAUAUACCUCAGCUUUUCAUCUUUAGUCCCGCUCUUUGGAACGUGAAGAAGUAAUUUUUCUUAUUGCAGGUGAAAGGAACUUUCUGGAUGUUUUUCUAUUUUGUGCGUGUUCUUUGUUCUCUCUUUCCACUGAAGUUCUGAAAUGGAUAAGACUAUUAAUUAGUCGUUUUUCUCUCUCAAGCAAUCUGUCUUUGUUGAAUGUAAAUUACGUAUUCUACAGAGGUUCCCUGACUAGACAGAGACUGCACAGGAAGAAAGCUGAUGGUUUCAGCUGGGUUUGGCACCUUAAAAUCCUGCUGGUAGAAGGGAAAUGACUGUAUGCACUGUUCCUCUCGUUCACUCAAACGCUUCUCUCCUGAUUGGUGGACUGCUCUGCCAGAGUGAGCGGAAAAUAGAUUUUGCUCCUGCCACGGGUUGUAAGAGGGUACGUCGUCCGAUCAGAAGAAGCUCUUCGCAGGCCUCAUGGAUACUGGUGGGGCCAAGAGUUGUCGAGGGUGUGGAUGUAUCGCUGCUGGAUCGUCACAGACUGUAGAACUGGCUGCUACGGCUCCUCAGUGUUUGUCCCCUUUGUCCAUCACAAUAGAAUGGAAAAUCCACAAAAAAAUACAUAGAUGUAUAUUUUCAUGAAUGUUUGUUUUUUCUUUGCAAAAGCAGUACAGUGUCCAAGUUUUAUUAUAGUUUUAUUUUAUUUCUAGCAGACAUCGAAAAAAAUGUUUUGUGUCAAUUAUACUGUAGAAUAAUCAACUGAGGAACACAGUAAACUGGACAGAUAUUUCUUUA